CUCCUCGGCUCCACGGCUCCCUCGGCCGCUGCCGUUUCCAACCCCCCCACCCCACUCCCCCGCCACGGCCCCUAGCCCCUGGCCGUUUGGCAAGACCCCCCCCUGCCCCGGGGCUCCCCGAAAUCCAGUUCCCCUCCCCCACCCCAGCUCAUGCCCCAGCCCCCGAACUCCGGGGCUGCCAGCCCCCGGUGCCCCCGCCCCUCCUGAGAAUCGGGGUGUGCUCCCCAAGCCCCCUCCCCUCCACUGGGGAGCCCCUUGUAGGGCCCCCUUCCCCUCCCUCCCACGCUCCCCUACCCUUCCCUUCAACCCCCUCCUUCCCCUCUCACCCCUCCCCCCAUCCUGGCCCCCCCUGCAAAAGUGGGGUGCGGAGGGGGGAGGGGUGAGAACCGACGGCGGGGAGGAACAAAACUCCGAUGAAGUCAGAGCCCCUUACCCGCCGCCGCGGCCAGGCCCCCCAACAUGGACUGUCUCUGUAUAGUGACAACCAAGAAAUACCGCUACCAAGAUGAAGACACGCCCCCUCUGGAGCACAGCCCGGCCCACCUCCCCAACCAGGCCAAUUCUCCCCCCGUGAUUGUCAACACAGACACCCUAGAAGCCCCAGGAUAUGUGAAUGGGACCGAGGGGGAGAUGGAAUACGAGGAGAUCACAUUGGAAAGGGGUAACUCAGGUCUGGGCUUCAGCAUCGCAGGUGGUACUGAUAAUCCACACAUCGGUGACGACCCAUCCAUUUUCAUCACCAAGAUCAUUCCUGGCGGGGCUGCAGCCCAGGAUGGCCGCCUCAGGGUCAACGACAGCAUCCUGUUUGUAAAUGAAGUGGACGUGCGGGAGGUUACCCAUUCAGCGGCGGUGGAGGCCCUCAAAGAGGCAGGCUCCAUCGUCCGCCUCUAUGUCAUGCGCCGGAAGCCCCCAGCUGAGAAGAUCAUGGAGAUCAAGCUCAUCAAGGGGCCUAAAGGUCUUGGCUUCAGCAUCGCAGGGGGCGUAGGGAACCAGCACAUCCCGGGAGAUAAUAGCAUCUAUGUAACAAAGAUCAUCGAAGGGGGUGCUGCCCACAAGGAUGGGAGGUUGCAGAUUGGAGACAAGAUCCUGGCGGUCAACAGUGUGGGCCUAGAGGACGUCAUGCAUGAGGAUGCUGUGGCAGCCCUGAAGAACACGUAUGAUGUUGUCUACCUAAAGGUGGCCAAGCCCAGCAAUGCCUACCUGAGUGACAGCUAUGCUCCCCCAGACAUCACAACCUCUUAUUCCCAGCACCUGGACAACGAGAUUAGUCACAGCAGCUACCUGGGCACCGACUACCCCACAGCCAUGACCCCCACUUCCCCUCGGCGCUACUCCCCAGUGGCCAAGGAUCUGCUGGGGGAGGAAGACAUUCCCCGAGAACCCAGGCGAAUUGUGAUCCACCGGGGAUCCACGGGCCUGGGCUUCAACAUUGUGGGUGGCGAGGACGGUGAAGGCAUCUUCAUCUCCUUCAUCCUGGCUGGGGGCCCUGCAGACCUCAGUGGGGAGCUGCGGAAGGGGGACCAGAUCCUGUCGGUCAAUGGUGUUGACCUCCGCAAUGCCAGCCAUGAGCAAGCAGCCAUUGCCCUGAAGAAUGCGGGUCAGACGGUCACGAUCAUCGCUCAGUAUAAACCAGAAGAGUACAGCCGAUUCGAGGCCAAGAUCCACGACCUUCGGGAGCAGCUCAUGAACAGCAGCCUGGGCUCAGGGACUGCCUCCCUGCGGAGCAACCCAAAGAGGGGCUUCUACAUCAGGGCCCUGUUUGAUUACGACAAGACCAAGGACUGCGGCUUCCUGAGCCAGGCCCUGAGCUUCCGCUUUGGGGAUGUGCUGCAUGUAAUUGAUGCUAGUGAUGAGGAAUGGUGGCAGGCACGGCGGGUCCACUCUGACAGUGAGACCGACGAUAUUGGCUUCAUUCCCAGCAAACGACGGGUUGAGCGACGAGAGUGGUCAAGGUUAAAGGCCAAGGACUGGGGCUCCAGCUCUGGAUCACAGGGUCGAGAAGACUCGGUUCUGAGCUACGAGACAGUGACGCAAAUGGAAGUGCACUAUGCUCGCCCCAUCAUUAUCCUUGGGCCCACCAAGGACCGCGCCAAUGAUGAUCUCCUCUCUGAGUUCCCCGACAAGUUUGGAUCCUGUGUUCCCCAUACGACACGGCCCAAGCGGGAGUAUGAGAUCGAUGGCCGGGAUUACCACUUUGUGUCAUCCCGGGAGAAAAUGGAGAAGGACAUUCAGGCGCACAAGUUCAUUGAGGCCGGCCAGUACAACAGCCACCUCUAUGGGACCAGUGUCCAGUCCGUGCGAGAGGUGGCAGAGCAGGUAGGACCUGGCGGGCACCUGGUCCUCUUCCUCCUCCCCUCUCCCCACCCCACUGCCUCCCUCCAGCUCUCUCUAACUCUCUUUCUCUCUGUCUCUUUCCCUGCUGGGUCUCGGCUCCCGCUCCUCCACCUCCUUCGCCUCUUGGGCAACUCUGUCUGCCUGCUCUCUUGUGCCCGGCUCCCUGCACCUCACUUCCUGACCCCAAACUCCCCACCACCAUCUGUCCCCUUUCUCUGCUCCCCUCCCUUCUUCUUGCCCCAUUUCUCCUCUCUUCCUGUGGCUUUGUCUUUGGUGGCCUGGCCUUCCCACACUCGGUCCUUCCCCUUUUCCUGACCCCCCUCUGGCCCUCUCCCGGCUCCUCACCUUUUCUGGGGCCCCACUCCCCUCUCCCACUCCUGCUAACUCCUUUUCCCUGCUGCUCCCCACACUGCCCGCCCUCCCUCCACUGCUCCUUUCUCCAUCUGCCUCUCCUCCCUCCCAUCUGUCUCUCCUUGUUCCUUCCAUCUGUCUGUCCUCUGUCCGUCCUCCCCUCCCUCCUCCCUCUAUCCUACUUCCUUUCUCCUUUUCCUUUGCUUUCCUUCCCCACCUGUCCUGUUGCUGCCUUCUGCAUCUCACCCCCCUUGCUGCUGCCCGUUACCCCGGCUCUGCCACUGUUACCCCUGCUCUGCCACCGUCUUUCGGGUCUGCCUGUUUCUCCUCCCUCCAUUCUGUCCCAUCCCUGCUCUCUUCCCUCGUUCUCCAUCUUCCCCUUUCCUUUUUCUCUCUGUCCUUUACUCUGUCUGUUCAUACCCCCUUCCUGCCCUGACUCUGUCUGCCCAUGUGUCUUUUGACAUCCAUGUCCCUUCCCCUUUUGCCAACCUCCUGUUCCUCACCUUUUCAUGUCCUGUGUCCCAUCCUGGCACCUCUGUCUGUCCUUUCCCACCACCUGCUGGCCCCCCU